AGAAUACAUCCUAACAUGGCGUCUAUGUUGACGGCAAUGUCUUCUUUACCCGCCAAGAAGCGAAGAGGUUCAAACGCUAGUAAGAGCAGUGUGGAAGGCGAAAGUAGUGAUGCGAACGAAGCAUUGCCAUCGUUGUCGCAAAGGAACAAUCCUUCCGAUACAACUGCCGCAAUGGCAAGCGGAUCAUCGGAAAAAUCAAAAGCAGAAUCUGCUACUCCUCGGUCUCCUGAAGGCCUUCAUGAGUCAAGCAAUCAUGCAAAGCCUCUGAAAAUUAGUGAAAACCGGCUGCCGAGCAAAAAGCGAAAGGGAUCACAUGACUCCAAUCCACAAGGCAUCCACAGUCAAUCGAAACGGAAAGGGUCGCAAGAGUCAUCCUCUUCACUUCGGAAUCAUCUUCAAGUACCGCUUCCAGCACUUCAUGAUUCUAACGAUUGUAAACAAUCAUCGCAAAGAGGCUCUGGUUGCUCUGAGAUGCCUUUCGAAACAGAUCACAAAGCACGAAAGCGAAAAGGAUCGCACGAUUCGAAUACCGUCAAGUUUGACAAGGACACCAAAGUGCCCGCAGAACGGAAGGGAUCUCACGAUGCAUCGGUACAGUUUAAAGAGGACGUCAAAUCGCAAAAACGAAAAGGAGCACAGGAAAAAUCGUCUACGCCUUCAAUAGAUUCGGCGGCGGAACAGAAACGAAAGGCUUCUCAUGAUUUUACCGAAUCUGUUCUCCUUAACGGUGUAUCGUCGUCGAUACCGGGACGCAAAAUGUCUCACGAUUUAUCAGUACAAUUCGUGACAGGCUUCAACGAACGAAAGUGGUCGCAAGACAUUACCAUUCCUAGUUUCGAGGGAGUGCCUCGCAAAGAUAGCUACGAUUCCUCUUUGAAACUGGACGAGUUGCUACCGUUCCCCCCGCCAGAACCAGUUUCCAAUCUUAGACACCCGUCAUUCAACACUACCAAUACAGAUACCCCAAGUGUGCUAACAGGCGUCCAUCCGACGGCAAUUAGUGCUAUGGACCAUCUCAAGGCACUCAGUGGCGCAAAUGGUGAUACAGCUGCGGUGGCAUCAAAAAAUGAUCUAGAAGAUGAAGAUAGUCGAAGCAGUUCAACGUUUGCAAGUUCGGGGCAACGCAUCCUGCUAGAAGCCUUUCCCAAUCCCUCGCAGGAAGGAAAUUUUAGCUCGGGAAAUUUCGGGAGCCAUUCAGAUACCUCACACCCGACGGGAAGACAUCGUUUAGAGUCUUGGGGCGCCAUGUCUGAUUUGAGUGCCCCGUUGGCUGGUGGGGGCUGUUCAGACUCCACAGCUGCUGCUUUGGCACACUCAGCUCUCCAGCACGCGGACUUGGCAGACGAUGUUAUGGAUGCCGCCGCAGGAUUAGACUCUAUCAACGAUUUGCACGAGGCACCAGACGCAAUUCCGAAUCGUAUUUCUUUGGGACGGGAACGGUUUAACUCUGUGGCGUCGUUGUCGGAAGUCUCGCUCUCGGGCCUUUUGUUCGACGGCAUUGAGGUAUCAGGGGACAUGCAAGCUUUUGUAUCAGCGGCGAUGGCUACAAUGGGAGAUCAGCUCGAAGCAUUGGCGGGUGCUGUGGAGACGGUCGCGAACUCAGCCGGUCCACAUGCAUUGGAUGCGCUUCGACGAGAGUUGGGCAUGGACAGUGAUGCCGAUAGCGAUGCGUCCCCUAUGAUAGGCGCCAUGUCCGAUAACGGGCGGCACAAAGGCCGUCCAAGAUCCUGGUCGACUUCGUCCGGAAGAAUUUCGGUCGAUUACGAAGCUGUUGCGGCUGCGGUCGAUGCGGGAGAAGCCGCUGACUUGUCCGGAGUUGCAGCUAUCGAUCCUUCAAGUAGUUCAAUAUCAAAAGAACGCCAAAGGCAUGCGAGUCGACGACAGCUGCCGUUGCAACGAGCUCGUGACGACAGCGAUCUCUCCUUGAAUUCCGACGAGCGGGCUCACCUAAAUGCUUCGUUGGUCGGGUCUUCUCUGACAGAUGAUGAGAUCAAGCGUAUUCAAGAACGCGCUCGGAAGAAAGCUGGGUACAUUCCACCGACCGCAAGAAGCAAAGCUGAGAAUAAAGCGAACAAAGAGAAGACGGGGCCUUUCAAAAAGCGUGUCAAACGCAAUUCUCCUGAGCCGGCACAGAUACGGUCGGCUUCGCCCGGAGGAACUCACACACCGAAGGCUUCAAAUAAGUCGAUGACCAUGUCUGACAAUCUGCCGCUGGUACCGGACUUGGUGCUCUCAGGGAGCACGGCAGCCAGCAAAGCUGCUAAAGGACAAGCAAGUCAAAAGUGGGAAAGCAUGUUUGAAUGCCUUGUUGAGUACGUUGACCAAUGCAAAAAGGAAGAGACGAAAGGAUUUUCUCAGACCGAGGUUGAUCAGUGGCAAUGGGAUGGCAACGUACCCACGAGUUACAAGUCAAUCGAUGGCAAAGCGUUGGGUCGCUGGGUUAACAAUCAGCGUUCAGCCAAAAGCAAGGGAACGUUAAAAGGUGAACGCGAGCAACGACUUCUGGAUGCAGGUUUAAAAUGGAGUGUGCUAACUUCCAACUCUUGGAACGAAAUGCUGGAAGAAUUACGACUUUAUAUCAAAGAACAAGCGGCGAAGGGGAAGAAAUGGGAUGGCAACGUCCCGACGAAUUAUCAGAUAAAGAACCGAUCAAAUGGCCGGUUUGCUGGCGAAGACAAAAAUCUUGGACGUUGGGUCAAUCGUCAGCGAAGUCAAUUCCAUGCAGGAAAGUUGAGGAAAGACCGUCAACUAGAUUUGGAGAAAGUUGGUCUGAAAUGGUCAAUGCUUGCCACCAACUCCUGGGAUUCCAUGUACGAAACUCUUUGUGAGUACGUGGACCAGAGGAAAAAGGAGGGCGGAGGAUGGGAUGGGAAUGUCCCUGCCAACUAUCGAACCAACGAUUAUCCGCCUCGUGCGCUCGGCCGAUGGAUCAACCGCCAGAGAUCGGCGUUCGCAAAAGACAAGCUAAAAAGCGAAUACGUUGAAAAAUUGAGCGAAACGGGCUUGAAGUGGAGCGUUCACGAGCGUACUUGCUCUGAGAAGGACGACAUGGAUGGCGAAGACCACGAGGCUUCCUCUCAACCGAGCGUGAAGCCAGAGACGGUAACGUCUACCAAAUCUAACGAAAUGGCGGUGGAAACGAUUAAAGUGUAG